AUGGAAGUACAAAUCAUGGUGUCGCCACCAGCAAAACCACGAUCGAGCCCGUUUGAUUCAUUCUUCAGACAGAAGAGACAGUUUCGUGGUUUACCUUCUUGGUGUCAUUGUGAACCAGAAAGAAUCACUUGUCCACCAGGUCCUCCAGGACCACCUGGACAACCAGGGCAGCCAGGUAUAAACACAAAUAUGCUUUUAUAAGA